AUUUGGCAGGUUCGUCCCUGGAGGGUGUGUGUGUGUGUGUGUGUGUGUGUGUGUAUGUAUGUGUGUGUGUGUUAGACUCGCUAAGCAACGACCUGCAAACGGGCAUCCGAGCUAGUGCGAGCAAAAAAAAAAAAAAAAAACAGGAACCACAUUAUUUUCGACUGUCUUUGCAAUGUUCCCGACGAUAUUUCUACGCCGCCUGAUUUGAUCUCAUCGAAGUUGCCGUCUCUCCAGACGUCGGCUACAAAACCCGAACAAGAAAUUAAUGCAUCUUGCUCCGCGUUCCUGUUUGUUUUGACCUGUGUAGCUACAAGGGAAUCCUGCUUGAGGGAUUAGCGGUCCGUCAAUGAGGAACUACCGGCUCAUCUUCUGCCACAACCUGAAGCAGCCAUAGAUGGUUCAGUGGUUCACUGGCCAGGGGAGGAGAGGAUAGGACACACUUUCACUGCUACACGACGUGAGGUCUUGGCGGGUUUGUGGUGAGGAGGAGGAGGAGGAGGCCAUGAGGAAGAGCGUGUCUCUGUUGCCAGGCAAUGAGGGCGGGAGCUCAGCCAACACCACGCGGGUUUUUGGCGUUCCAUUGGAGGAGGUGUCACGCACACACACAAUUAGUGGCCACGAGGUUCCUGCACUGGUGAAACACAUUGUCGACUACAUUGAGGAGCAUGGUCAUCUGGACCUGGAGGGGCUCUUCCUGGUUAAUGGCAACGCAGAACGUGUGGAUUGGCUGCGUCAGCGCUACGACAGUGGUGAAGAGGUGGAGCUAGAGAAGGAGGCCGACCUGGCAUCAGCAGUCAGUUUGCUCCGACUCUUCCUGCAGGAGCUUCCUGAACCUGUUAUACCAACAGCGAUACAGGCACACAUACUACAGCUACACCAAGAUUACAGCAAUGAGGAGGAGCUGUGUAGAAACUUGAAGUACCUGCUGCAGCAGCUUCCCCAGCUGAACUACGGCCUGCUGCGUUUCCUGUGCCGCUUCCUGGCCAGUGUGGCAUCACUUCAGCAGGAGAGCUGGAACGUCGGGGCGCUGGCCGCCGUCUUCGGACCAGACAUCUUCCAUCUAUCAACAGAAGGAGAGGACCUUCGGGACCAGGAGUCUGUCAGCAGAGUCCUGGCAGAGCUCUUAGACAACCAGGACGGCCUGUUUGACUCGGAGGACGAUGAUGUCUCCACUACCAAUGACUACAGCUCCAUUAACGAACAGAUCACAGAGCUGUUGGAUGAUGACAAGUGUGAGACAGAAUGUGAAGAGCUGCCUCGGGACGGGGAGGACGGUCCUGCCUCCUCUGACUCACCACAACAUACACACGCUGAUGACAGCCCUGCAGCCAGCUCCCACCUCUCCCCUAUAUCCAUCCUGCCUGCUGACUCUGCUGAGAUAAUUCAGCGAACCAUCAGGGCUGCAGUGGAGCAGCACUUCUUUGAGCUGAAAACCUCCAUCGACCAAGACCUCAGCAACUACGAAAGCCAGGGGGUGAAUCCCAGCAAGCCUUCCGACGAGGGUUGCCAUGGAGACGAUGAGCAACAAACGGACCCUGAGGACAGUCCCUGCAACACAGUAGGGGAGACCCCACUUACACAGACUGAGCCAUACAUACAACAAAGCCAGAUGAACACACAGGAUUCACUGGACUCUGGCGCCACCCUGGAGGAGAGCUUGGGAAUGGACCUGGAUGGAGAGGCUGUCAGAGAUGCUGAGAACAACAUCAACACUGCCAGGCAGGAACAUCAACCCUGUGACACCAUGGAGCAGACUGACAUCAUAAGCUGUGACUCGGGUUCAUGCCGCUGUGACCAGAACGCCAACACCAGCGAGACCAACAGGAACCACCUGUCGCCAUGCCAACCAAACUCUGGCAACAACCCCCACCUCCAACUCUUUCCGGACAACCAAUGGGAAGCGUCACCCCCCUUCCAUCUCCACCUCCCUCCCAUAGACUUCUCAUGUAUGCAUCUGCAAAAAGAAGGCCAAGACCCCAUCCCGGCUUACAAAUCCUGGCAGGAUGACAACGAGAGCGGCGAGGCGCAGCUCUCCCCGCUGGCCGGUCGCAUGGUUCCUCUCCCCCUGCUGCCCCUGGAGGAGGACGGCGAGGACGAGGAGGGGGAGGGGGGGCAGGACGCCUCUCCCUCCUCUUCCCGCUCCCACCCUCACCUUCUGGCUCGACGCUUCCUCGACUUCGGAGCGCACGGUGCCCAACGCUUCCUCCAGCAGGACCCAGAUGCCACCUCACCCACCAAAGUACAAAGGCCACGACGAGCAUCAUUUGGCUCCAAAGAGGCAAUGAGAGGAGGAGAUUCGGUGACCCACCAACUCACCAAGAAGCUACAACACCUGAAGAAGAAAAUCAAACAGUUUGAAGAGCAGUUUGAGAAUGAGAGGAACUAUAAGCCCUCUCACGGAGACAAGGCAGCUAACCCCAAAGUCCUCAAAUGGAUGAGCGACCUCACCAAGAUCCGCAGGCAGAUUAAAGGACGCCAGCACCACCUUUUACCCAGAAGCACGCUGAGGCACCAGGCUUUGCUCCAUUCACACAGACGCCACCAUGCUCCCUCCUCCCCUUCCUCUUCCUCCUCCUCCUCCUCCUCUAUCUGCUCACCUCCCCAUCACACACUCACCCCCCCGCUCCACCCCUACUCAAGCCUGAGCUCUAGACCGUUUCACCUCAAUGCCAAACACCGUGCGGAGAGCGAGCUCGGCCCCCAGACUCGUCCUCGUAGCAACACCUUGCCCAAGAGCUUUGGCUCCACACUGGAUCAAGGCGCCUAUGAUGCAGCGGGGGAGGUUAAGGAUCCACAUCCCACCAGGGAGGAAACACUAGAGCUGAUCCAGCGCAGGGUCAAAGGGAAGAGGCAGGAGGACGGCUGGCCUGAUGACAUCAAGAAGAUGACGAAGGAGCAGUUGUCCUGUGAGAAGACAGUCCUGCAGAAGAACCUGCUUCACUAUGAGGGCCUGCACGGUCGACCGGUGACCAGAGAGGAGCGUCUGGUGGUGAAGCCUCUCUAUGAUCGCUACAGAUUGGUCAAACAGAUGCUCACCAGAGUCAGCAUCACACCUAUCACAGUGUCCCCCUCCAGUAAGAGGCGGAGUCAGACCCUCCAGCCAAUCAUAGAGGGUGAAACUUCUCAUUUCUGGGAGGAGAUCAAAGAGGAGGAGGAGGACGAAAGGAAAGGUGAUGGAGGAGAAGAUGAUGAGAGGGAGGAGGAGAGGGAUGAGGAGGAAGAAGAGGAGGAAGAGGAGGGAGAGAGCAGCGGCGGGGAGAUGCAGAGCUCCGAGGUCAUCAUGGCCGUCGACCUUGUAACCCCCACUGACAGGCAAGUGAGGAGCCAGAACCAACCUGAUAGACAGAGCGACUGUCCAAUGACAGCCAAGCUGGAGGAGGGGUCGGGAAGGCUGGCGCUGGACCUGCGACUCUCCAGCUCCAAUGCCUCGUCCAUGCCAGAGCUGCUGGAACAGCUGUGGAAGGCCAGAGCAGAGAAGAAGAAACUGAGGAAGACCAUCAGAGAGUUUGAGGAAGAUUUCUAUCAGCAUAAUGGAAGAAAUGUUCAGAAGGAGGACCGGGUGCCGAUGCUGGAAGAGUACAGAGAGUACAAGAGGAUCAAGGCCAAGCUCCGCCUCCUGGAAGUCCUCAUCAGCAAACAGGAUUCCUCCAAAUCCAUCUAGACCCGCCCUCCUCAGACACCCGCUAUCAACGCACACAUCAGCCGCCAUCACUGCUGCGAGGAUCCGCCCAGGAUGUCCAUCAGUCUGUCAGACAUCUUCACACCUGAAGGGACUGGGUUUAACAAACACUCCAGCCAACAACAGUAACCGCAUCGUGACGGGUCGUGACUCUCAGUCAGAACUUGGUUCUCUGCAGUCAUGUCAUGGAGAAAACAGAGUGACUUGCUGGUUCAGAGUUACAGCAUAAUUUCCGGUCAGGGGGGUCAAAAAUUGAAGUUCUCAAAAUAUUUUGAUUUCGCUUUCGUGGUCACAUUGGUUGUAGUUAUUGGCCUUCCUGAAUACGAAAGUAACAUUUGGAGGGACUUUCAGACCUAACCUGUGCUUUGACUACAAGGAACCAAGGUAAAGUUUUGGUUCUCGGACCGUAGUUUGUGCUCACAGAAAGUCGCUGGGGUAUAACUUUCUGAUGGUAUAGAAACUAUUCAACUAUCUGUGACUGGUCAAAAACAACCUGCAAGACUGCAACCAACACUGGUUGUUGGUUGUAUCAGUAUUAGAACAAGGGAAGGGAAUUUCUUCCUGACUUAACGAUAAAAAGUAGAGAGUAAGUAGUAAGCAAAACACUUAAAAACAACAUUUCAAACACUUUUUAACACUGAGGCGGUAUAAUUUGCCAAAUCUUUGAGAGACUUGUGGCAAAAAAGUAAAGACGAAUGUGCCGCAAUCACUUUUAGCUGCUGAGUGAGUUUGCGAUGCUCAUAGUUACUGGGACUAUUUAGUCAUGCCCCAGUAGUGAGCGCAAUAUUUGCUUUAAUAUUUUACAGCAAACCAUGCACUGAAAAGUCUGGUGUUUUUAGCAUUUUAACCACGAAAGCUCUCAAAACUACAUCAUUAUCUACAUGCGACUACAGCUGUUUUCCUUAUUGAUGUCAGAAUUCAGUAACAUGGACAAAUCUGUCGUUUGCCAAAGCUCAGUUUAAUUAGCGACCUUAAAAGGUGACAGAAGACGCACAUAUUUACAGUUAUUUUUCCCACGACAUGACUGCAGCACCACCACUACUCAAACUUAAAAUCGCUCCGUUCAGCCACAGCCGAUCUCUGCCGCCUCAUCUGACUUCAUAUCAUCUAAAACACAGCCGCAGUUUAAAAACACAGAGAAAAAUGAAUCUGUUUGUCUUCAUCAUUAUCAUCCCACCAACUUGACGUAAGACUUUGCACGUGUCUUCUCGUGUCUCAUUUCUUCAUCUUCAGAGGAAAAAUGUAAAAAAAAAAAAAAAAUCCUGACUUUUUUAAUUUCUGUUGUCAAUCUUUCUCCUUCGUCUAAUUUUUUUUUUUCCUUCACGCUGAGGAAUCUUCUCUGACAGCAAGAGGACUGGCAUUUUAGACGCUCUUCACUCAAGACGCGCGCUUGAUUGUUUGGGACGUCGCUCGGUUUGAAAAGCCCCUCUUUCUCCUUGCUCCUCGGUGCGAGGCAGUUGAUUACUUUAUUCAGUAGAACUUCAUCAAACAUCUUCACAUCCUGGAUGCUUCUGACUGAUUUUAAAGUUAACUCACAAAGUCUAAAAACAAGUUUGUGCGUGUAUUCUUGUUUUAAAAAAAAAAAAAAAAAAAGAAA